UCGCGCAGGCGCAGAGGGCGAACCAAGAUGGCGGCCCCCGUGGAUCUGGAGUUGAAGAAGGCCUUUACAGAGCUGCAAGCCAAAGCUAUUGACACUCAACAGAAGGUGAAGCUUGCAGACAUACAGAUUGAACAGCUAAACAGAACGAAAAAGCACGCACAUCUCACAGAUACAGAAAUUAUGACUUUGGUAGAUGAAACUAAUAUGUAUGAAGGUGUAGGAAGAAUGUUUAUUCUUCAAUCCAAGGAAGUAAUUCACAACCAACUUUUGGAGAAACAGAAAAUAGCAGAAGAAAAAAUUAAAGAACUGGAACAGAAGAAAUCCUACCUGGAGCGGAGUGUGAAGGAAGCCGAGGACAACAUACGGGAGAUGGUGUUGGCCAGAAGGGCGCAGUAGGAAGUCCUAGGGAAGCUUCGCUUUGGAUUCCUCUUCCUUGUGAGGGUGGAGGGGCUGGGCUAUACCUUCUGCUCUGAUAUGUUUAAUCUGGAAUGUCUGUUAACCCCACUUUCCCUGAUUAUCCAGAGUUCCUUCAGACCCUAUCCCUGUAUUUUUGUCCUGGCUCUGCUUGACACACUAGCCCCCUGGGGUGAGUCCUGAACUCCCAGGAGAGAGGCAGUUGCUCAAGCCUGUUUGUUACCUGCCAUUC